AGAGCCUUCUCCUCUACAGCAACAAAAAUUCAAACUGAUAUUAUACAUUAUAAAGAUCCUUUGUUUUAGUGACAAAAUGACAACUUCAGCUGUUCAGGUUGACAAGUAUCGUUCCCACUUGGACGGAGAAGAAGAGAAGAACACCAAAUGGAGGUUUGGUGGCCCUCCAAACUAUGAUAUUGUUAACAAACUCUUUGAAGAAGGCAGAACUCAGGUAUGGCCGUCAGGUUCUCUAGAAGAAAAAGUGCAGAACCUUGUCAAGACAUGGGAAAUGGAAGUUUUCCACAAGACUUGCUUUGAUGACUACAAAUCACUUGAUCCAAAGAGAUAUACUUUUAGUCUAAAUGGAAGGAAACCAGUGACUUUGGAAGAAAAGCGCAAGCUUGGUGGAGGCUACAACACAUUCAUGCAGACUUCUUUACCAGUGAAGUUCAGAGCCUAUGACCCUGACAAGGAAACUGUGGAUUCAGCUCAUGUUGCUUUUUCAACAGCUUUUCCUAGAGGUUUUGCUUUGGAAGUUCUCCAAGUUUAUUCAGGGCCACCAGUGAUUGUGUACAAAUUCAGACAUUGGGGUUAUAUGGAAGGCCCUUUCAAGGGUCAUUCUCCUACUGGAGAACUGGUAGAACUCUUUGGGAUGUCUAUUUUUGAGGUGGAUAAAGACAUGAAAAUUGUGAAGGUGGAGUUCUUUUUGAACGGUGGAGAAUUGCUUGGAGGUCUCAUGAAGGGUGCUGCCUUGGAUGGUACAACCACAGAUGUGGCUCCAAGCUGCCCUUUCUUGAAGGGCACAGGAUAGCAUAAGAAACAAACUCGUACAGUGCUAGAAAUUCCCUGCUUUGCAAGAUAAUUUAUGAACCAAUCAAUGAUUGCACAAUAGGGAUACUCGUGUUAAUCAUGAUUUGAUGCUUGUGUCUAUGCAAUAAACUUUACUGCAUUUGGUUCAUCUACUUAACCAGAAUACAAUUUUACUUCGAAGUUCAAAGAUUUUACACAAGGAUGUAUAAAAGGAUGUCAAGUUUGACUCA